ACAUGGUUUAAAGAUGAACAAAUAUUUUCACCAGAAUUGUAUGAAUUGUUUUCAGUUGAUAAUAUAUAUUUAAAUAUUUCUAAAAUAACAAUGUAUGAAGCAGGAAUGUAUACAUGUAUUAUUGAAAAUAGUUUAGGAAAAAUUAGUCGAUCAUUUCAAUUAAUUGUACAAGGACGUAGUCUUGAUCGACCAGUAUUUAUAUCUAAAUCAACAAAUGUAACACGAUAUGAAAGUGAUAAUGUAACAUUUGAAUGUUUAUUUUAUUCGGAUUCAAGUCCAUUUGUUCAAUGGUUUGUUCAACGAAAAUCAAUAAAAAAUAUUCAUAAAAAUGAACAACAAAAUGAAUUAGAAUUUCUUAAGUUUUCUAAUGGAUCAAGAUUUAGUCUAGGAAAACGACAGGAAUAUAAUCCACAUACAAUGUCUGAAGAUGAAGUUAAAUUAUUGACUAUUAAACGUUUACAACAAAAUGAUACAGGUGUUUAUCUCUGUCGUGUUUUAAAUGAAUAUGGUUUUAAUGAUUUAAUUCAUCAACUUACUGUUUUACCUGAUUCUGAAAGACCUUUAUUAUUACAAAAUAUAUCAUCAAAUAGACGACAUUAUAUAUCAAGUCGAUUAUCUGAUGAAUUAAUAAUAUUAAUUGGUUGUAUUAUUGGAAUAUUACUUUUUGCAUUUAUUUUUUUUCUUAUUUAUCAUUUUCGUAAUGAAAAAAGUUUACAACAAACUUUAUUAGCAACACGUAUAUUAGCUACAAGAGGUAUUAGUAAUUUAAAAAAUAAUCAAUUAUAUCGAAGUGAUAUUGAUCCAAAAACAAAAAAACUUUUAAUUGAAGAUAAUUGUCAUCGUAAUCAAACUGAAGGAACAAUAUCAACAAUUAUUUCAUCAUAUUAUGAUGAUCAAUGUGAAUUUUCUCGAGAAAAUCUUGCAGUUGGUCAUUUAAUUGGAAAAGGAGCAUUUGGUUUUGUAUAUCAAGGUGUAGCAAAGGGUAUUAAUUCAAAAGAAAAAGUAACAACAGUAGCAAUCAAAACUGUUCGAGAUGAUGCAACACCAGAAGAAGUUGAAAAUUUACUUAAAGAAUUAUCAGUAAUGAAAAUGGUUGGUAAACAUGUUAAUAUUAUAUCAUUUCUUGGUUGUUGUACAAAAGGAGGUCAAGUUAUGUUAAUUGUUGAAUAUGCUAAAUAUGGUAAUUUACGUGAUUAUUUACGUCGUAAACGUCCACCUGGUCAUGCUCUAUCAGGUUUAUAUGAAAGUCCUUCAGAUACGGAUAAUUAUGAACAAGAAACUAUAAUUACUGAUGAUGAUUAUAUACGUUCAUUAACAACAAUUGAUUUAAUUUUAUUUUGUUUACAAGUUGCAUCUGGAAUGGAAUAUUUACAUUCAAAAAAAUGUAUUCAUCGUGAUCUUGCUGCUCGAAAUGUUUUAUUAGCAGA